AUGAUGUCGACCCUUUAUGUCAUGAAGGUCAACUGCAACGGCGUGUUGCGUCGCAUCUCGUCCCGCUGCUCCCCUCCGUCGUUCCGCGAAGUCAGCCUGCGGAUCCGCGCGCUUCUUGAUAUCCCCGCCAGCAAGCCGAUCUCGCUGACGUACACAGACACGGACGCAACACAGCAACUACAGCACCCCUCUCCUCCAAACCCCUGGCAACUGGCCUUUUUUCCUCCUUCAACCCAUCUGCUUCUGCUGCACCUUUCCCGUCUCCGCCUAGCAACACAGCAACAGCAGCACCCCUCUCCUCCAAACCCCUGGGAACUGGCCUUUUUUCCUCCUUUACUCCAUCUCCUUGUGCUGCACCUUUCCCGUCUCCGCCUAGCAACACAGCAACAGCAGCACCCCUCUCCUCCAAACCCCUGGGAACUGGCCUUUUUUCCUCCUUUACUCCAUCUCCUUGUGCUGCACCUUUCCCGUCUCCGCCCAGCAACACAGCAACAGCAGCACCCCUCUCCUCCAAGCCCCUGGGAACUGGCCUUUUUUCCUCCUUUUAACUCGUCUGCUCCUACUGCAGCUUUCCCGUCUCCUCCCAGCAACACGGCAACAACAGCACCGCCCUUUUCCAAGCCUCCAGCCGUCACUGGUUCCUCUGCUCCUUCUCUGAGCUUUUCUAACUUCGCCCCUGGCUCUGCCUUUCAUCCCACCCAGCCUUCUGCCUCACUAUGGCUAUCCAAGUAG